AAGCUCUCGCGGCUGCGCUUCGGUCCCGGACCCGGGCCACCCACGGGGUAGUGGGUGCUCCUCGGCCCCGGACAUUGCAAGCCCCAGAAGGCAAGACUAACUCGGUGUUGCUCCUCCCGGCGCUGACUUCGAGGCCCGGCUAUGGACGGCGAGAGCGAGGUGGAUUUUUCUAGCAACAGCAUAACCCCUUUGUGGCGGAGGCGGUCGAUUCCUCAGCCCCACCAGCUUCUGGGCCGGAGCAAGCCGAGGCCCCAGUCCUACCAGAGCCCCAACGGGUUACUAAUUACGGAUUUCCCGGUGGAGGACGGAGGGACGCUCCCCGCAGCGCAGAUUCCCGCCCAGGUGCCCACCGCCUCGGACAGCAGGACGGUACAUAGGAGUCCCCUGCUUCUGGGCGCCCAGCGGAGAGCGGUGGCCAAUGGUGGGACGGCAUCCCCGGAGUACAGGGCUGCCUCUCCUCGACUUCGACGGCCCAAGUCACCCAAGCUCCCUAAAGCGGUGCCGGGCGGCUCCCCGAAAUCCCCAGCAAAUGGCGCGGUGACCUUGCCUGCGCCGCCGCCGCCGCCGGUUCUGCGCCCCCCGCGGACUCCUAACGCGCCCGCCCCCUGCACCCCCGAGGAGGACCUUACUGGGUUGACUGCCAGCCCGGUGCCUUCGCCCACUGCAAAUGGCCUUGCCGCUAAUAACGACUCUCCUGGGUCAGGUUCGCAGUCCGGCCGGAAGGCAAAGGACCCCGAACGGGGGCUCUCUCCUGGGCCCCAGAAAAGUUCUUCGGAACAAAAACUACCCCUCCAAAGGCUGCCCUCCCAGGAGAACGAGCUCCUCGAGAAUCCUUCCGUGGUUUUGAGUACAAACAGCCCCGCCGCCCUCAAAGUGGGGAAGCAGCAGAUCAUUCCGAAGAGUCUGGCCUCGGAAAUUAAAAUAAGUAAAUCCAACAAUCAAAAUGUGGAGCCCCACAAGAGACUCCUCAAGGUGCGCAGCAUGGUGGAGGGCCUAGGAGGACCACUGGGUCACGCAGGGGAGGAGACUGAGGUCGAUAACGACGUGGAUAGCCCAGGGUCUCUGCGGAGAGGUUUGCGGUCCACGUCUUAUCGCAGGGCAGUGGUCAGUGGCUUUGAUUUUGACAGUUCUACCAGCUCGAAGAAGAAGAACAGAAUGUCCCAGCCUGUUCUGAAAGUGGUGAUGGAAGACAAGGAGAAGUUUUCCAGUCUGGGAAGGAUAAAGAAAAAAAUGCUGAAAGGACAAGGAACAUUUGAUGGGGAAGAAAAUGCUGUCCUGUAUCAAAACUACAAGGAAAAGGCCCUUGACAUUGAUUCUGAUGAAGAGUCAGAGCCCAAAGAACAGAAGUCAGAUGAAAAAAUUGUGAUUCACCAUAAGCCAUUGAGAUCCACAUGGAGCCAGCUCUCUGCGGUGAAAAGAAAUGGAUUAUCUCAGACAGUAAGCCAGGAGGAAAGAAAGAGACAAGAGGCUAUCUUUGAAGUCAUAUCCUCUGAACAUUCAUAUUUACUCAGCUUGGAGAUCUUGAUACGAAUGUUUAAAAAUUCUAGAGAACUGAGUGAUACAAUGACUAAAACCGAGAGGCACCAUCUUUUCUCCAAUAUUACAGAUGUCUGUGAGGCAAGCAAAAAGUUCUUUAUAGAGUUGGAAGCAAGACAUCAGAAUAAUAUCUUCAUAGAUGACAUAAGUGACAUUGUGGAAAAACACACAGCAUCCACAUUUGACCCAUAUGUGAAAUACUGCACAAAUGAAGUCUACCAACAACGAACACUACAAAAAUUGUUAGCUACCAAUCCAUCCUUUAAGGAAGUAUUGUCAAGGAUUGAGUCCCAUGAAGACUGUAGGAACUUACCCAUGAUCUCUUUUCUCAUUCUCCCCAUGCAGAGGGUGACCCGCCUUCCCCUGCUGAUGGAUACUAUCUGUCAAAAAACACCUAAGGACUCUCCGAAGUAUGAAGUCUGCAAAAGAGCCUUGAAGGAAGUUAGCAAGCCUUUUCCUUUAGUCUCCUCUUCCCGGUGGUUGGUAAAAAGAGGUGAAUUGACAGCCUAUGUUGAAGACACUGUGCUUUUCUCAAGAAGGACAUCCAAACAGCAAGUCUACUUCUUUCUCUUUAACGAUGUGCUCAUUAUCACCAAGAAGAAGAGUGAAGAAAGUUACAACGUCAAUGAUUAUUCCUUAAGAGAUCAGCUAUUGGUGGAAUCUUGUGACAAUGAAGAGCUUAAUUCUUCUCCAGGGAAGAACAGCUCCACAAUGCUCUAUUCAAGACAGAGCUCUGCCAGUCACCUCUUUACUCUGACAGUCCUUAGUAACCAUGCGAAUGAGAAAGUGGAGAUGCUACUAGGAGCUGAGACGCAGAGCGAGCGAGCCCGCUGGAUAACUGCCCUGGGACACAGCAGCGGGAAGCCGCCUGCAGACCGAACCUCACUGACCCAGGUGGAAAUCGUUAGGUCAUUUACUGCUAAGCAGCCAGAUGAACUCUCCCUGCAGGUGGCUGACGUCGUCCUCAUCUAUCAACGUGUCAGCGAUGGCUGGUAUGAGGGGGAACGACUACGAGAUGGAGAAAGAGGCUGGUUUCCUAUGGAAUGUGCCAAGGAGAUAACAUGUCAAGCUACAAUUGAUAAGAAUGUGGAGAGAAUGGGACGCUUGCUAGGACUGGAGACCAACGUGUAGUCUCUCGGAUGGUCUUUUGUUACUGCAAGAUUUGCACGACACUUACCGGGCUGGUUGGUUCUGGGCUAGUUUUGUUAAUUUUGUCACAGCCUAUUUAAUUAAAAGAACGAAAACACUUGCCUUUAAGCUUGCCAGGUUGUUCUGCUCUCUCAUGAGAAGAGCUUGGAUACAGUGAGUUUGCACAGCUCAGUUUUUACCUAACCACACACUUGCAGACCUCCUGAGGUACACAGAAUAGCUGAGCAGUUCACUUCAGGGAUCAGGUCAUCUCUGCUCCUCCUAGUUUCACCAUGUUCUGGCAAUAAAAAACACUAUAUUAUAUCCUGGUUUUCUCUAUCCUUGCAUUACUAAGGUGACUGUCUCUCUUUAUACAUCCUUGUAUGGUUCUCCCAGUAUUAGCAAGAUUUUAUAUCUGUAAAGAAUGUCCAGUUUUGUAAAUAUUUCCCUGCCUUUUUUUUUCUUUUUUUUUACAUCUGAUUCUAAUGCUUCGUUAACUUCAAAAGGAACUGGUAGAGUUCAGAAGGUGAGCUGUUGUUUUUCUAAACCUCUUCCCAGGAAAGGGACAUUGACACUUGAAUUUUUGUCACCUUUUUCCUCAUUAGAAGGAAAGUAGAAAGCCUUACUUUAGGAUUUUUUUAAAAAAUCCAUCUCACCCCAUAUUGGUCUUAAAUAAGUAUAGACUAAUUAACCUAAGCUACCUUUAACAACGUAGAAUUUAGAUGGGUUCAUAUAUGUGAGAAAAACCUGAAUAUAGGACAGGGGUCCUACUUUUUUCCCCCACCUCUGUCGCCCAGGCUGGAGUAUAGUGGUGUGAUCUUGGCCCACUGCAACCUCUGCUUCCUGGGUUCAAGUGAUUCUCCUGCCUCAGCCUCCCAAGUAGCUGGGAUUGUAAGAGUAUGCCACCACGCCCAGCUACUUUUUGUAUUUUUAGUAGAGACAGGGUUUCACCAUGUUGGCCAGGAUGGUCUCUUAACUCCUGCCCUCAAGUGAUCCACCAGGGAGGAGAUCCUCGGCCUCCCCAAGUGCUGGGAUUAUAGGCAUGAGCCACCGUGCCCAGCCUACUUUCUAAUUAAUUAAAAAAAAAAAAAAAAAAAACUUCCCAAAUGAGCUGAUAAAAAACUGACGUGAGGCUGCUUUGCCUUCAAUAAUACCUAGUUUUCAGCUGUUCCAACUCGUUUCCAAAUAGAAAUUAGCUGGAACACACUCCAGUAAUCUCAAGGAAGGGAAAAUUAGGCCUUAAAAGAUAUCAAGAAGUCAGCAUGGUACCCAAUUGAAACCUUUUGACCUUAGUGGGAAUUCAUUCUAUUUGCACUAAAAGCCUUAACUUGCUGUAUUCAGAGUCCCUCUUAACUGUGAGUUUCUGUAGAACUUUACUUUUUCCACUAGUGCACAGAGAGAGAAAGGUUAUCUUAAUAGUCGGUUUCAUGGAGAUGAAGGAUGGGAGAUUAAGAGGGGGGAAAUGAUUUUUACUGGCAGCUAUAUUCCCUCUCUGUUCUAUUUGCUUUAACAAAGGGAUAAAACCUGGCAAAGUGUACAUUAUUGGAGGACUCAAAUCUGUAUGUGACAUGUCCCAACUACUGUCCGCUAACUAGUUAUCCAAAUUGUAAAGCUACAGAAGCCCAGUUGAGGGGUAAGUGUGCCUGGCUCACACAGCCUGCACCCUGUCACCUUGGCAGUGAGCCAGUGUGGGGCACUGGGGACUUCUAACCCUUGGAUUGCUCUUUUUGACCUGUGCAUACCUUCUAAUUGUAAAAUAUAUUUCAGACCGUGAGUACCUUGAGAUCUGAGCAACUGUGGUAAUGAAGUAAUAGCAAUGGUCCACAGUGAAAGAUGUGUUGGGGUUUGCAAAACAAGCAUUCCGUCUCUGCAAAACAAAACAAGCAUUCCGUCACCUCUUUAAUAAUGUCACAGACUUUUUAAAGGAGAGGCUAACAAGUUGUAAUAUAAUCUGUCAUGUUUUAUUUAGGAAGGAAGGUAAAUUUGUGCUUGCACGGGGAUCAUUUUGUAUUAUUUUUGCUAAUACCCAGUUGAAGCUAAAAAGCAACUAUUUGAAUCCUGUGAAUUAAUUUAUAAGAAUGUUAAACAGCUUUGGAAAUACAUGCAUCUUAUGAAUCAUAGCCUUAUUUAGCAAGAUCAAUGCUGUGUAUUAAAGUGUUGUUAUAUGGCAAGUAUUUAACACAUUCACAGUGUUUGAUUUCAACUGUGAAUUGUCUUACAGUUUUUUCAAACCUAGUUGUUUCUAUGAACACCUGCUCUGAAUUGUACAUUGACUUCAUUACUAAAGAACAAAAAUGUUCAUUUUUGUCCCAGUAAAUUGAGACUGCUUGUACACUUUCAGAAAAAUAUGUGAAUUUAUAAAGAUUUUGUAGAUACUU